AUGCAACCACCCACUUCAGUGAGCAAUGUUGCAACAUCCGAAUACCAUCCUGGAUCAGCUUACGGCGAUGCGCCAAAGCCCAGCGUCGUGCAUGCCUUGGAUCUACCUGGAACAUAUGCCAACAUAGACGUCGGCGACGUAGUCGAUGUCAAAGGCGCCCUGUCGACCUUCAGGGGCGAGAAACAAAUCAAGAUUGAGAGACUGGCAGUCGUGAAGAGUACGGCUCAAGAGGUUGAAAUGUGGGAAAGGAGAUCCAGGUUUCGCCUUCAGGUUCUUGACAAUCCCUGGGUCCUGUCCGAGAAGGAAAUUCGUCGUUGUCGCAAAGAAUCCCGGCUUUUACAUUCCGGUACAGAAAGAAAGAAGAAGCGGCCUGCAGCCACUUCAGAGGCCUGCACGGGGUAUAUCAACACGUUGGGGACUUCAAAGAGUGGAAUUCGACAAAUUUCGCUGGGAAAAGACAACAACUCGACAGACCGUUGGCGUAAGAAAUCGGUCUCGAGAAUCGGAACCGCUAUUGAAACCUCGCCACCCAAUAUACCCACGCCAAUCCAGAGUCCGGGUGAAAAGUCCGACUUGAUACAAAGUUAUCACAAAGCAUCGAAGAUCGUGGGAGCCAAGUCACGUACCGCAUCGAGUGCGACCCUAUAUGCUUUGCCGAGCAUCAAAUAUCAGAAGCCAGCUACGGUAGACAAUAUCGCGGCAUACCUGCCUACUUCACGGAAGAAAACAGCAGAAUUGCUCUUGAACAUCUUUCAAACGGCGCAAACCACCUUUUCGACGCUAAAGGCCACUCACACAUUUGAGAAUUCGGCUCGUACAACAUCGUCCACUAUGGUGUCUCGAGACAUAUUUGAUACGCCUGUAGAUACAAAACCUCCGCCGUCCAACAUAUCUAUCCGCCACGAUCAUCCUGUUCGCCGCAAGGGAAUCCAGUCGCAGGCGCCGCUGCAAACCAACAAGUUUUAUUCCAAUUUUUUCUUGGGUGACCAAAGAGGCCCAAGUUUCACAUUCCCAUAUUCCGUGGCAUGGGCUGGCGGAAAAGGCGGAAGCACUAGCUGGGGCAUGUCUUGUUCGCAUGUUGAGGAACACCAGAGAGUCUUCGGCGAUGUGAAGUUUGACGGGGCAUCGUCCUAUUAUCUGAACCCAAUCGGUAUUCAGUCAAUGGUAAUAUCUGCCAAGGAACUUGGAAAUGAAACCACUGUUUCGAUGGACAGCAUCACAGCAUUCUCCGCAAGAGUCCACCUAAGCCAGGAUGGAACGGCACAGCCAUCCAUAUCCUUUCCUUUGGUCCAGGGAAUGGCGUAUAUCACGGCGCAGUUCGAUGGCUCUGUGCCUUUGAUUCAAUCGGGAGUUUUCUUCAAGGCUGUCACACGCGUAAACACCAAUCCCAAGGAGCAUGUCACAAAAUACAACUUUCACUUGGAGGACGAAACAACGUGGAGAGUGUAUGCUUGGAGAACCAAAGGUGAGGAGCUGGACCUGAAGGUCAUAAAUAACAGUACGGCCGAAUCAAAGCAUCCCUUCUACGGCAUACUACAAGUCUGCAAAGAUCCCGUCAGCAAGGGCUCUGAAGAAAUUUUGGAUGAUGGAGCAGGGAUCUACCCAGUGACAGUUGGAUUAUCAGGAUCGGCAUUCGGGCAAGAGGGUUCCUACAAAUUCAAGUUCCAGAAGGGUGGACAUCAGUUGGGCCAUCUCUAUAUGUUUGCCUUGCCUCAUCAUAUUUCGUCCUUCAACGGUGAGACGAUGAGGCGAGUUCAGGAGGUACGUCUCCAGUCAACCACAAAGGGCGUUGCCACUUUGGUGAGGGGCACGGAAUGGACAAUGGUCGAGCUGCACAUGCCCACGGAGAUGGAUUUUGCUCCCUGGCACCCAGAAAAGGGACCCAUGAAAGAUUUGUCGAACAGGACCAGAAGCAUAAUUCGCGCCGCGGCCGCGAAGGAGUUGUCACAAAACAUGGUCGCACAGAUCAAUCUGGAUUCAAUGUAUUUCAGCGGAAAGGUGAGACCUAUUCAAAUCCAUUUACAGGGUUCCAUGGCUAAGCGAGAGGUUCAGGCCCUUGCUAAAUUCGCGACCAUAUUAUACGUUGUCCAAGAACUACUGGGUGACGAGGAAUUGGCGAAAACAGGACUGGGUCGAUUGAAAGCGGCCUUUGGGACGUUUGCAGCCAACAAGCAAAAGUUUCCUUUGUUCCCGCUAACGGCGGCGUGGGUAGCUGCCUGGGGAGGGAUAGUCUCGUCAGCGAGUUACGUGACGGGGGACGCCGGAGUUGAUUUCGGAAACACUUAUUACAACGACCAUCACUUCCACUACGGUUAUUUCAUCCUGGCUGCAGCUACCAUUGGCCAUCUUGAUCCAGAAUGGGCCAAGGCGAACAAGGACUACGUGAAUCUACUGGUCCGCGACGUUGCGAACCCGAGCGAAGGCGAUAAAUUUUUUCCCUUGUGGCGCAGUUUUGACUGGUAUCACGGUCACAGCUGGGCUCAUGGACUUUAUGCCGCGAUGGACGGCAAGGACCAAGAGUCUAGCUCUGAGGACACGAUGUGUGCCUACGCGCUCAAAAUGUGGGGGAGAGUCAGUCAGGACUCGGAUCUCGAAAUGAGGGGAAAUCUGCAGCUGUCCAUUAUUUCACGGAGCUUGCAGAGCUACUACUUGUACAAGAAAGACAAUACAGUGCAACCGGAGCAGUUUAUUGGCAACAAAGUGGCGGGGAUUCUCUUUGAGAACAAGGUUGAUCAUUCGACGUACUUUGAUUCCAGCAUCGAGGCUAUUCAGGGCAUACACAUGAUACCAAUCCUGGCAGCAACGCCGUUCGUACGGGACAGAAAAUUCGUCAGAGAGGAAUGGGAGGCAUUCUUCGACAAGGGGCGAGCUGACAGUAUUCGUAACGCUUGGAAAGGGAUUGUUUACGGCAAUUACGCCACUAUUGAACCAAGAAAGGCAUGGGAAUUUUUCGCCUCGCGCGACUUUGAUCCCCAGUGGCUAGAUGGGGGCGCAUCCAUGACUUGGUUCAUGGCAUACUCGGCAGCGCUUGGUUGUCUGUGA